AUGUGUCAAGUGGGACACCUCGAUCCCGGCAGCCACCAAAGAGUCCUCAUGAAAACGGGCCUCAUCCUCCUCAUCAUCGGGCACCUCAACUUCAUCACCGGCGCCCUCGUCCACGGCACCGUCCUCCGCUUCGUGGUCAAUGCCCGGGACGCCAUCUCCCUGCAGUACGCUGUCGCCAACGCCGCCUCCGUCAUCUCCGCGCUGCUGACCAUCUCCUGUGGAAUUGCUGCCCUCAUGCUGUCCCGGUACCUCGCCCCCGCCGCCCUCAAAUGGGCGGUUUUCGCCCUGAGCGCCGGCAGCAGCCUGGGCUGCCUGUGCUGCCUGCUGGGGCUGGCCGUCUCCAUCGGGCUGACGCUGGGUAGCCAGGGCCGGGCGCUGCUGGCCCCCUGCGCCGUCAGCGACAUCACCCUUGCCCCCAUCUCCCGCGAGUGUCCCUUCGAUCCCACCCGCGUCUACAGCUCCACGCUGUCCCUCUGGGCCAUCUCCCUCCUGCUCGACUCCAUGGAGAUCAUCUUCGGCACCCGCUGCCUCCUGCUCACCCUCGACCUGCUCCGCCUCGGCUGCUGCUGCCGCGGGGCGCACCGCAGGAAGGUCUCCUUGCAGGCAGCCCCCGUGGAGAGCCCUGACCCCGGGCAGUGCCUGGGCUUGCUGAGGCUGGACAGUGUGGAAACGGCCCGGCUCUGA